AUGGAAGGGGGGUGGCCUGUGGAGGGGGGAGUCCUCCUCUACAUCACUGUCAGCUUUCUGCUUCCAGGAAGAGGUGACACUUUCACCAUCAAUUGCUCAGGCUUUGACCAGUACGGGGUGGAUCCUGCUGCCUUCCAAGCAGUGUUUGACAGAAAGGCCUUCCGUCCAGUCGUCAACUACAGCAUCCCCACUCAUGUCAACAUCUCCUUCACCCUGUCUGCCAUCCUGGAAGUGAAUGCGCAGCUCCAGCUUCCGACAUCAUUCCUGUGGGUCAAUUUGAUGUGGGACAAUCCCUUCAUCAGCUGGAAUCCAGAAGAGUGUGUCAGCCUCAAAAAACUCACUGUCUCGGCUGAAAACCUGUGGCUCUCAGACAUCUUCAUUUUGGAAUCCAUGGAUGUGGAUCAAGCGCCUCCAGGUCUCACCACCUUCGCUAACAGUGAAGGUCCAAUGAAGUACAACAGGCCAGUGCACGUGACCAGCAUCUAUAACCUGGACAUCUUUUACUUUCCUUUUGACCAACAGAACUGCACACUCACCUUCAGUUCCUUCCUCUAUACAGUGGACAGCAUGCUACUGGGCAUGGACAAGGAAGUGUGGGAGAUAACAGACACAUCUCAUAACCUCAUCCAGACCCAGGGAGAGUGGGAGCUCCUGGGCAUCAACAAGGCUACCCCAAAGAUGUUGGUGGGCAGCAACCUAUAUGACCAGAUUACGUUCUAUGUGGCCAUCAGGCACAGGCCCAGCCUCUACGUCAUAAACCUCCUGGUGCCCAGUGGUUUUCUGGUUGCCAUCGACGCCCUCAGCUUCUACCUGCUGGCAGAAAAUGAGAAUCGUGCCCCAUUCAAGAUGACCCUUCUGCUGGACUACAGUGUCUUCCUGCUCAUGAUGAAACUUCCAGCCAGUGGCAUCCCCCUCAUCAGUGUCUACUUUGCCCUGUGUCUGUCCCUGAUGGUGGUCAGCCUGCUAGAGACCAUCUUCAUCACCUACCUGCUGUACCUGGCCACCACCCAGCCCCCACCCAUGCCUCGGUGGCUCCAACCUCUGCUCCUCUGCUGCACCAGCCCAAGGAAAUGCUGCCCCACUGCACCCCAGAAGGGAAAUAAGGGCCUGGGCCCCACCCCCACCCACCUGCCUGGUGUGAAGGAGCCCGUGGAGUUGGUGGGGAAGGUGUCAGGUCCCAGAAAGGCAGAGUUAAAUGGGAGCCCUGAGUCAACAAGGGCCCAGCAGGAAGAAGAGACUCAGAGGCAGGACUUGGUCGACCUGUGGGUGAAGUUCAGCCACAUGAUGGACACCCUGCUCUUCCGCCUCUACCUGCUCUUCAUG